UCUCUCUCUCUCUCUCUCUCUCUCUCAACAAGUAUCCGUUCCUCUCUCUAUCCCCCUUUCCCAAUGGAACCAGUCCUCCAAUCCAUCCUCGCCGCCGUCGCCGCUGGCUUCUUCCUCGCCAUGGUACUCGCCGCCGUAUGCGCCGCCCGCAAGAACAAUCGCGGCGGACUCCCGAUCACUAGCAGAACCCCAGCCGCAACGGAGCGGUCCUCCACGUUCGACCCCUCGGCCCUGAACCCGGUCUCCAUGCCGGAGCUCCUCAAGGCGACCCGCAACUUCUCCCCGGACCUCAUCAUCGGCGGCGGCAGCUUCGGCCUGGUCUAUAAGGCCCGCCUCCCCAACGCCACUGUCGCCGUCAAGAAGCUCAGCCCGGACGCCUUCCAAGGGUUCCGCGAGUUCCGGGCCGAGAUGGAAACCCUAAGCAAGCUUCGACACCCCAACAUCGUCACCAUACUCGGUUACUGCGCCACUGGUUCUGACCGCGUACUUAUUUACGAGUACAUAGAGAAAGGCAGCCUCGACCAGUGGCUGCUGGACACCACGUCCGUGGCAGCCAGGUCGAGGCUGCCUCUGUCUUGGGAAACUAGAGUAAAUAUUACUAGAGGGGUUGCCAGUGGGUUGGCCUACAUGCAUAAUUUGGAAACACCCAUCAUUCACAGGGACAUUAAGGCUAGCCAUGUCUUGUUGGAUAAUGUCUUUGAGCCACACAUUGCCGGUUUCGGUUUGGCUAGGAGGAUCGAGGGCACCCAUUCCCACGUGUCGACCAAAGUCGCCGGGACAAGGGGGUACAUGCCACCAGAGUACAUCCAGGGCGCUACCAUGGCGACAGCCAUGGGGGAUGUUUACAGUUUCGGGAUACUUAUGCUGCAAAUCUCGACAGGGAUUCGACCGAAUCUUCCGUUUGAGGUGGAGGAAGAGGAGGAGGGGGAUGGGAAGGAAGUGAGGUUGGUUGAAUGGGCUAAAAAAAAGGUGGCUCAAGACCGUCACAUGGACAUUCUUGAUGCUAAUAUCUCAAGGGAAGGGUUGAAGGAAUCCGCGGUUGUCGAGUUCCUCCGGAUUGCUAUCUUGUGUACUAGUAACUCGUUCAAAGACAGGCCUCCUAUGAUGGAGGUGGUGGAGUUGCUGAAUCGGAUUUCAGCUUGAAAUCGCACUUUUGGCUACUUUUCGCCGGUUGUGUGAGUGGUGUUGUUGCUUAAUGCUUGUAUGGGUGGUGUUGCCUAAAUUUGAUGAAGAGUGAGGACGGUGAGUUUGUUGCGGUGUUCAUUCUGCUCAUGGUCCUAACCAAAUGAGGGCAUGGAAGUGGAUGUACAUAGCUUCCGGAGCCAAGUCGCUUAGGUAAACUUCAUAAGCUGGAAUAUUUCCCCGUAUUAGGAUAUGCUGUAAAUCGUAUCCGUGUUUAGUAGUAUGUAGAUAGGUUGAUCUCUAGAUAGUUUCAUUUAUCAGAUCAUUUGAGAUAAUAAUUUGAGGAGGAAUGCUUAAUCACUAUUAUCUUAUGCAUACUUAGGCUCCGUUCCAGAAAUCUUCUUAAAAAAUAAGCAGCUUAUUUCACAUUUUCAAAUUCAAAAAUAAUGUAAAUGAAAAAUAAUUUUUCAA